CCCCGGGCUCACUCGCCCUUCUCCUUUAUACCUCUCUCCGGUUGCUUGUGCUGGAGACCCAUCUGUCCUUACUAUUUGAGUUCCUUUUGUCUCAUUGGUGGCUUUUUGAGCAGCUGCAUGCUACUCUGCACCCGCCACCUGACUUCCAAAGCUCCGCGACUGGGACUGAGACUGAGACCAGAGGCGCUACGUGCAGCUCAGGGGGCGGCAACGCCACCGCCCGCCAGGGAGGACUAUGCUGCGCGGAAAGGCCCGCCUCAACGUGGAGUGGCUGGGCCACUCGCCCGGACUGAUCCUGGAGCAGAAGCCCCUCCCGCCUGCGCGCAUGCCGCGCAGCCACCGCCGAAAUGAAAGUUCCCUGGCUUCAACUUUGAAAACACUUCUGUUUUUCACAGCGUUAAUGAUAACUGUGCCAAUUGGCUUGUAUUUCACAACCAAAUCUUACGUCUUUGAAGGUGCCCUUGGAAUGUCCAAUAGGGACAGCUAUUUUUAUGCUGCUAUUGUUGCCGUGGUUGCUGUUCAUGUGGUUCUGGCGCUUUUUGUGUAUGUGGCUUGGAAUGAAGGCUCACGACAAUGGCGAGAAGGAAAGCAAGAUUAAUGCGACAUCGCCUUUUCAUAGCAUUAAACUGAUUUUUAAAAACAUGGUAAAUGUUUUUGUGGGCAUUGAUAAUGAAAACAUUUUAUUUUAAUAAAGUUGCACGUUAAAAUCAGUCAGACUGCAUCACAUUUGACCGGUGUAAGUUUUGACCCACCUUAUACAGUGGUUUUUUAGUCAAUUUUAACUUUAAGCCCUUUUUUUGCAUAUGGCAAUUUAGAAAAGUUUGUGUUUAUUAAAUGAGUCACAUGUUACUGUGGGAAGAAUUUGAUUGGCUGACAGUGAAAUGUCUUCUUGCAGUUUGUCUUUUAGGUGCUUUUCAGUUUUAGGCCUCUGGAUAUAUUGCCAUGCACUUAGUGAGCAAACCGGAACCUCAUGUUAAGCUGCAACGCUUUCCCUGUUAGGAAGAUGCCAGGUCCUAGCAUUUGGAUUCUAAUUUUGCCUGAAAAGUUGUUGGAACUGUAGGCCCUGGAGUUAAUCUUAAGGUCACUGACGACUUGCACAUAAAGUGUAUGAAUUCUGAUUAUAUUAGCUACAGGGAAAACUAGUGACAAGACUGCCUCACUGCAGGCUCAAGAAAGCAAAGAGAAGCUGAUGGCCCCUUGUGUGCUUCUGAGAUGUCCUUGGCUCCCUCAUUGAAAUUCCAUUUCAACCGUCUUCCUUACUGCUUUUUUUUAAGUUGCAGGUUAUGUGACAGGAAUUUUCAUUAAAAAUGUUAGACUUUUUGCAUAUAUUAAGAGUAUAAACAAUCCUGAAACAUCCUCUACAAAAUAUUCUUGCAUUGCUAGUCUUUUGUAAUUGGAGAUAUUAAAACGUUAAGGUAUAUCCUAUAUGUAUAGGUUCAUAGCUGAUAUUCCUCGAGGUCCUUUUUGGUGGGAAGCUCCCAAACCUUAUCGUUUUCCUUUAGGACCUUUUGUCUGUGUUCUUUAUAGCCGCUAGGUAUUUUUUGUGUACUUAUUGAAAACAUUGUCCCGCAAAUGUUUUUUGUUUUUGUUUUGUUUUUUUUUUAUUAUAAACCCAUAGUAUGUGUUCUCUGCAAAAAACUGGAAAAUACAUAUUCAAAAAGAAAUAAACUAUUUUUACAUUUGUCGGUAUGCACUAAAAUUUUAUUGUCAGUUUAAAUCCUGCCAUCUUAACCUGACAGCUGUUUGCCUUUUUAUUUCAGAACAGUGAUUAUUGGCCAUUUUCUUAAAAAGCACACUCUAUUUUGUUCUUGUAAAAUUCAAAUUUUCAAUAUUUUCUCAUAAAUAAUACAUGAGGAAAGAGAUAUGUGUAACUUAAUUCAAACAUUAUGUGAUAUAUACAUAGCAAUACCAUCUGUACCCUAAUGAACCUGCAUAAUUUUUAUGUUUUUAUGUGUGUUAAAAUCAAUUUCCUGUUACUGAUAGUCUUAAUAUUAACAGCCCUUGCUUAAGUGUUCACCAUUACUAAAUUUGUCUAUUGUUACUAUUUUUUAUUUUGUGGACUUUAUUAGGUAUAAGUCAAGUGUCUAUGUUUAAUUUUUCAGAAAAAUAAGACAUCUGUGUGAUGAUUAUAGUACUAUUCUUAAUUCUUAAAUGCUGUCUGUGGUUUAAAUGACGAGGCAUGUAUUCCAAAUGUAAAGCUAUUUUUGGUAAAAGUCACAAUUUGAGGGAAGUAAUAUUUGAAUUGAGGUUGCUGUGUGGUAGAUUUCUAGGUAGCUCCUUUAUUAGAUGACCUGUUGUUUUUAAAUUAUCCCAUGUAAUUUCUUUUUGUAUCAUGCCAAAGUUUUCCUUGUACUUUUGGUAUCUAAAUGCUAUUUUUAAAAUAUAAUAUUCAAGAUUGGAUCAUUGUUUUCAGGCAUUUGCCGAGUGGAUACAUUUUUCUGCAAGUGUUUAAAUCAGGGAUAUGUGCAGACACAUAAUUGUUUCCUUGGGAAAACUACCAAGUUGCUGAAAGUGAAAAUCAGAUUGUAGGGUUGGUAUUUAGGGUUAUUACAAAAUAGGCUUGCUUUCAAAGCAGUUUUUCCUGUGGUUGGAAGUGUUCACUCACUAGUGUGCUGCUGUUAAUUAUGUUAACAUACGGUUUUGACAAAUAGGUUUGUUUUUUAAGACAUCUCACUGGCUUCUCCUUGCACAAUGUAUAUACUUUAAGGUGUGUAGAAAGGACAGCUACAGAUGGAUGAGCCCUUCUACAUGUUUUAAGAUGCAAAUACCUUCCCUGCUGUUCGGAAAUUGUUUUGUGACGGUGACCUCAGUUAGGAAAUGUGACUUGAAGUGGCAGUCCAAGCUACUGAUUUAUCCUCACUGACUGUUUCAGCGCCUUCCUCACCUCCUUGUUUGUCUUCCACACGGUAGUCCUUUUUUCCUACUGUACGGAAAAUUUGAAAGUCUGUGCAGUGCCUCUGAUGCCAGGAGCUCUUUAAAUGGACAUCGUGGUAUACGCAACAUUAGAAUUUGGUUUUGAGCUCUUAGUGAAAAUUUUGAAAUCCGCUAUUAAACAGAAGUGCUCCACAAGAAUCUCACAGAAGUCCCUCAUAAUGAUUAGAACGUUUUCAUCAUCCUAAUUUCAUUGGCUUUGCCAGAAGCAACUGAUUGACUUGUGUUCAUUUUCCAUUUUGUAUUGAUACUACAUGUAAAGGAGACAGAUAAAAAGUUAAGGUGUACCUGGGAGAAAGCCUAAACCUGAAACAAAGGAUUUAAACCCAAGGAUUUAUCCUUGUUUUCCAUGUAUCUAGUGUGUCUUGUCACCAGACAAGUUUAUGAGUAUUGUUUAAUUUAUUCCCAAGUGAAGUUGUAGACUAUUAUCAAGUUCAUUUGAUAAAUGCUUUAAAAUUUGUCACUUGAUUUAGGUCAGUGGCAGGUUUCUUUGCUGUGAGUAUUCCUGACAGGUAACCCAUCAGUGUAGUACAACUGUUAGUUUAGAUUCUACUUUCAUGUUUAAGAUCAUUUUUGCAAGAGCUAGACCGGAGUGCACAUUAGUAACUUGAUGAGACUUCUUUUUUCCUUUGCAGGGGGAGUCUCCUUAAAAACAUAUUUUCAGGGACUUUGGGAACCUAACCAUACUAUUACACAUAAUGUCUGAAUAGCUUCAUCCUUUCGAUACUCUGUAAAGUAGUCCAGAAUUCCUUGCCUGUGUUAUUGCUGCGUGUACUUGGAAGAAAACCACCUGUGUUUAUUUCUGAAUGUCCUGUAAGUCACUUUGGUCAGUUAUGCAGUCUUCCUUUUGCCGUGUUUAGUGCUCUCUCACUUAACAGGAAUAAUAGCAAUAGCUAACAACAUCUGCACAGCACCUUAACAGUUUGCCUAGAACAUUCAUACAUUCAUUCUCCUUCGAGUUUUCCUGAUGAGCCUGUCCUGAGAUGCCUCUGGAUGUCAUGCUAAGAGUCUUUAGAACCCUCAGUCAUUGGCUUUGCCAGCUCUGCUGAUGUAUCCCGGAGGCCCUGACUGGGGGGAGGAUGUCCCUGAGCUAUGCUUUGCUUCCAGCUGUGUGGUGUUGGAUUAUCACCAUGAAGGCCAUGAGUGCUUUAGCCACUGGAAUCAAAUUUAUUUUGUAAGUGAUGCUUUUCUAACCUUUGUCUUGAUAGAUUUUGUACUUACCCUAUUUGAGCCUGUAAUUUGGAGGAACUGACCGUCUGUUGUCAUUAAAAAAAUGUCCAUAAUACCA